GAAAUCUCCAUCGGAAUCGAUGGAAUCAUCUCCUUCUGGAUCCGAACCUCCCCAGAAAGUCGUUUCUAAACUGCAAAAAGUCGGAUGGCGAGCUACGAUGAUCUUCAAUCUUGGUUUUGCAGCUUAUAUAUUUGCCAUAAAACGAGAAAAGGAUAUUGAUGCGGACGAGAAGAAGAAAGUUAAAAAGGGCAGCGAGGCCAGAAAUAAAGGUGUGAAAAAGGGUGCUGUUAACACAGAGGUCGACAAGAAAGGUGCAGAAAUCAGCAGAGUUGCAGAGACUGAUAAGGCUAAGGAAGCAGAAACUGCAAUGCCGGAGAAGGAAGAAACCAAACCGAUCCUUGAACUGGAUCCGCUGUUUGAAUUUACAGAUGCAGCUGAUCAGUCGAUGUUUCAGACUGUGGCAACUGAACAUGUAAAGGUAGCAAGGAAACCAAUUCCAGAAGAUGAGCAAAAGGAGCUUUUCAAGUGGAUAUUGGAAGAGAAAAGGAAGAUAGAACCAAAAGACAGAAAAGAAAAGAAACAAAUUGAUGAAGAGAAAGCUAUUCUGAAACAGUUCAUUCGCGCCGAGAGGAUUCCCAAACUUCUCCCUGAUGAUUCCGUUGAUUCUUCGCUUCGUGAUUGGGACAAAUUCUUCUCCAAGUAGAAACAAAACAGAAACUAGUGUACUUGUUUUUUGUUAGUACACGAAAUUACCAUUGUUGGCUUUUUAGUUUUACCACUCUGAUUGUUGACUUUAAUCAACGAAUAGUUUAUAGAACAGUUUAAAUGUGAUUUCUUGAGGUUGAGAGUGGUGAUCUUAUAAAACUUUGGGGGUAAUGUUUCUAUUUCUUAUAAGAUAAAGGACUUCAAUAUAAAUUUAAUAAACAGAAGGGUGUUUC